AGUAGACUGCUCUGAAGUUGAUACGAGCUUCUCUGAGAAAAAGAGCAGGGCCUGGAGGACCUGUGAUAGGGAGCAACUGUUUUCAGAUACCUGCAUUAAAUCUCAGCCGUGCUUUUCUGCCAGCUGCUGCAGAGCAGAAGAUUAGCAGACAUGUCCAUAGCACUCAAGCAAGUCUUUAAUAAAGAUAAGACUUUCCGCCCAAAACGCAAGUUUGAGCCUGGAACCCAGAGGUUUGAACUUCACAAACGAGCGCAGGCCUCUCUGAACUCAGGCGUGGACUUGAAAGCGGCUGUGCAGUUGCCCAGUGGAGAAGACCAAAAUGACUGGGUGGCUGUCCAUGUUGUUGACUUCUUCAAUAGGAUCAACCUUAUUUAUGGAACUAUCUGUGAGUUCUGCACAGAGACGACCUGCCCAGUGAUGUCUGGAGGCCCUAAGUAUGAGUACCGGUGGCAGGAUGACAUGAAGUACAAGAAGCCCACAGCGUUGCCAGCACCCCAAUAUAUGAAUCUUCUCAUGGACUGGAUCGAGGUGCAAAUCAACAAUGAGGAUAUAUUUCCUACGAGUGUAGGUGUUCCCUUUCCAAAGAACUUCCUUCAGAUCUGCAAGAAGAUACUCUGCCGGCUUUUUCGGGUGUUUGUUCACGUCUACAUCCAUCACUUUGACCGUAUUAUCCUUAUGGGGGCUGAGGCCCACGUCAAUACCUGUUACAAGCAUUUUUAUUACUUUGUGACAGAGCUCAACCUCAUAGACCGCAAAGAACUAGAGCCUUUGAAAGAGAUGACAACCAGGAUGUGUCACUAAAAAGCAACCCACUGAAGAAAAGCAAAGUCCAAUUUCCUUCUUA